AUGCGCGUGCCAGCCCGUGUUCUCGCCCGUGCUGUCGUAAGGAGAAUGACGAGAGACGCAAAUCUGGGGCAGAGAGUCCUUAUCGAAGAGGUCGCCGCCUGCGCCGUCAUGCAAGUCGAAGCAAGGCCACCUGACAUGCUCGGCGAUGAUGAAUGCCUAGCGCAUCUUUACAUCAUGACGCUGAGCGCAAGGCGACGCGGGCUGUCGAUGAAGUGA